GAACGACAGUAAGAGGACUCAAAGCGGCAACACGCCAUUUCAAAAAUUUCCCCGAACCAACAAUACAAGAAGAAGACUCAAAUCUCCCCUCAUCAAAUUCCAUCCCUUCUCAUCUCAUCCGUCCAUCACUUCCUAGCCCACAGAAAUCAGACAUGCCGUCCAGAUCCAACAAUGGAUAGGGAAGUUGAACUUCCCCAAUCCAACCCAUCAAAGAAACUCCACCACUCGAUCGCUGCCGUUUCAGAUUCCCUUCGCCAUGUCCAAGCCGCAUUCAAGCGCCAACGGCCUAUCGGUCAGAUGCCGUCCAAUGUUUGUCGGGCAAGGCGUGUGUUGGUUCCGCAAAAGGACUCGAUUAAGAGCCUGCAACGAGGCUUGGAGGAAUUGGGAAAUGCUGCAUCCAAACAGGAUAAUGCUGCACAUGAUAUGAUUUAUCAGGCGGGACCUGAGGAUUCCUCAACUGCUCCAGUUUCCAUUACAGAGACCAUGACUAGUACAACUACUGCUCCAGAUGAGAAUGUGGGUAAUUUUGGUUUGCAGACAGAUGAAGUGGAAACCGUCCCUGACCGUCGGAACGGGUGUUUGGAUUGUGGAAGUGAUUCUGGGAUUUCUUCGUCCAAUGCAGCAUUUCAGCGUGACUUGAUCGAUGGUCCAAAGAAGAUCCACUUUUCCUCUGUCAGCAAUGCCAGAUCAGCUUGUCCAGAACCUCCUCCACAGAGGGGCAGUGACCAGGCAGCUGCUGAUACUAGAACCGAUAACUUGUCAUCGCAUAUGACUUACCUUGCAUUAUCUGAGAGCGAAUGCAGUCUGAAUGAUCGAGUAGGAAAGCGAAGCAUGAGCAGUCAGGAUUUUAAGCAGCAGGAUUAUCAGCAUACUGAAAUGUCCAACAUGAGCACAAGGUCUGGUGGGACCUGUUUGUUGUCGAAGACGAAUGAGUUGGUGCACGAUCGGCACUUCACGGGCUUUCUCGGGAAAGACACAACCCAUCCCAUGACUCAAUCUUCAGUUGCAGGUUCUUCAUGUAUUACUACAACAAACAUCCAUUCAUCGUCAGCACCCAUCCUAAAUUCCACAACUUACAAUCCCCAUUCGCAUAGAGAUAGCUGGUCGCUCAUGGGCACAAAACAUUUGGAAGAUUUCAGUUCAAAUCAAGAACCGAUAAUUCAAGGAGGUUUAGCCCUGCCAUCCUGUCCUUCGUUCCAGUCGAUACACACGACAUUGGCCAGACAGACGGCUGUGUCGACCCAAGUGUCUUCAUCUGCUCCAGAUACCUCAAUGGGGGGAGUUCAGGAUCAUAGCUUGUCAAAGGGGCAGGGGCCCAUCAUAAAGGAAAUCGAUGGGUUGCCAGAUGGACGUUUGGGUCAUCCAAGGGCAGUCUAUUUUGAUGAAAAAUCAAGUAAAGGGAAGGGGUAUUCAGAUGAAGUUAGUGACAUACAAUCUCAGGCUCCACCCACAAAAAAUAAAUCUUCAAAUGCAAAUUUGGAGCCUUCUCAAUCAAGCAAAUCUGGAAAGGAUACCGGUGGCAGAGACCUAUCUGCGCCUCGUAAGAAGAAUAACGACUCCAAUAUGUUUCCUAAAGUUAACGGGAAGCGCUAUCAGAAGCUUGGCAAGAUAGGCAGUGGAGGAAGUAGUGAGGUUCAUAAAGUCAUAUCAUCAGAUUGUACAAUCUACGCCCUUAAAAGCAUCAAGCUUAGAGGUCGAGAUUAUUCAACUGCUUAUGGAUUCUGUCAGGAGAUUGAGUAUCUGAACAAGCUGAAGGGAAAGAACAAUAUCAUACAACUCUUCGACUCUGAGGUGACAGAUAAAACUCUACUCAAUGAAGUCAUGAAUGGCGCGAUGACUAUCAAUGAUGGAAAGAUCAAGGAUGACGGAUUUAUUUACAUGGUACUUGAAUAUGGUGAAAUUGAUCUGGCUCACAUGUUGUCACAGAAGUGGAAGGGAAUGGAUAGCUCCAGUUCGAGAAUAGAUGAGAACUGGCUCCGGUUCUAUUGGCAGCAAAUGCUUCAAGCUGUAAACACAAUUCAUGAGGAGCGUAUCGUGCACUCGGACUUGAAGCCUGCUAACUUUCUUCUUGUCAGAGGCUCAUUGAAGCUGAUUGAUUUUGGCAUUGCCAAAGCUAUAAUGAGUGAUACGACCAACAUCCAGCGAGAUUCACAGGUGGGUACACUAAACUACAUGUCUCCAGAAGCAUUCAUGUGGAAUGAGCACGAUGCAAAUGGAAACACUAUCAAAUGCGGGCGGCCAUCCGAUAUAUGGUCCCUUGGCUGCAUCCUCUACCAAAUGGUUUAUGGAAGGACACCUUUUGCAGAAUACAAGACGUUCUGGGCCAAGUUCAAGGCCAUAACAGAUCGAAACCAUGAAAUCAAGUAUGACCCAGUUCCAAACCCAUGGCUACUUGAUCUUAUGAAGAAAUGUCUUGCAUGGGAUCGCAACGAAAGGUGGCGGAUACCUCAGCUGCUUCAACACCCAUUCCUUGUCCCUCCAAUACCACUUCAGCUGCCCCCCUCGCGCGACCAACACUGUAAAUUGCUUAUGCAGAUGGCUGAAGCAUAUGAGAAUGCCCCUGAGGUGUCUACAAUAUUUUUACAACUCCAAAAACAACUAGAGAACUUUAAAAACACUGGAACCUAAGCAUAUCACUGAAAAGUUGGCCUUAUUUUAUAUGCAGGGAAGGAUUUGAGAAUGCAAAUCCUCAUGAUUCUUUGGGCGGGUUCCCCUGUAAUUCCAUGUACUCAAUAUAGUAGCAGUGUCCUGUAUUUUGUUUAAUGGAAAAAUAAAAUAAAAUCCACAAUAGGCAUUUAGGCAGUUCUUUUCUGCAA